AUGGCAAGGUCAUUGGAACUGAAGAGCCACCUCAAGAAACUCCAUAAGGACCAUCAACUUCCAAGGAUAGGAGACCACUCUUUUGAAAAGGCGCUACUGGAUCUAGGAGAAGGGGUGAAUUUGCUGCCUUACACUGUAUAUGAAAAGCUGGGAUUAGGGGAGCUUCAACUAACCUCUAUCACCUUGCAAUUGGCCGACAGAACCAUCAAACGACCAAGAGGUAUACUGGAAGAUGUUUUGGUCAAGGAAGCCAAGUUUGACUGGACCAAAGAAUGCAUGACGGCCUUCAACACACUAAAAUUGCUGCUCACUUCUACACCAAUUAUGCGAGCACCUGAUUGGAGCUUACCCUUUGAGCUCAUGUGUGAUGCCAGUGACUUUGCCGUGGGGGCCGUUUUGGGUCAAAGGAUCAAGAAGCUCUUGUAA